UGCAGCGCACGCUCUUCCCUUCUCCGUAAGCAGCUGCCCCCUCCCUCCCGUUUCCGGUUCCACCCGCCUAGACUCGUUCCACGGCCGUACCGGGCAAGCACCGGCCACCGGAGGAAAGACCGUACUACCAGUAAAACAGAGUACACGUACACUGCCGCCGAUUCGUGUGCCCACAGCACAAUUUGCUUUGCUUUGGCAGUAAGGGACGCUGUUUUGUUAACCUGUUUCGUGCAACCGCGGUCCACGGUCGCUCGCGUCGCGUUCAUAUGCACGUCCCCGCGCGACCUCCUGGGCGAAAAUACGCCAUCGAUCGCCACUUCGUCUCCCUUCCGACUCCCGAUCCUCUUCCCUCUUCAACUCACCGGCUCCAACGUACUACUUGCUGUCCGGACAAAGUUCCCCCGCUAGCUAGGCGCGCCUAGUCGCAUUGGCAGGUCAGGAGAUAGCCGAUGAAGCCUCUGUACUCGCGGGGCAGGGACCGUUUCAAGAAGCUUCUCCUCUCCAUCGCCAAGCCCACCGCCCACAUGGACAUGGCGCACGCUGCAGAGCCGCUCCCGGGGGCGCCACCUGAUUCGCCGCCGGGGAAGCCCGCGUGGCGGUGCUUCUCCUACGACGAGAUCCACCGCGCCACCAACGGCUUCCACGGAGAGAACCUGGUGGGGAAGGGCGGGUCGUCGGAGGUGUACCGGGGCACGCUGGAGGACGGGGCGGCGGUGGCGGUGAAGCGGCUGAUGGGCGCGGCGGCGUGCGAGCGGCGGGAGCGGGACUUCCUGGCGGAGCUGGGCACGGUGGGGCACGCCAGGCACCCCAACGUGUGCGCGCUCCUCGGCUGCUGCGUCGACCGCGACCUCUACCUCGUCUUCGCCUUCUCCGCCCGCGGCUCCGUCUCCGCCAUCCUCCACGACGGGGCGGCGCCGGCGAUGGGGUGGGAGGCGAGGUACGGCAUCGCGGUGGGCACGGCCAGGGGGCUGGAGUACCUGCACAAGGGCUGCCGGAGGCGGAUCAUACACAGGGACAUUAAGGCCUCCAACGUGCUGCUCACGGACGACUUCCAACCCCAGAUUUCCGACUUCGGGCUCGCCAAGUGGCUCCCGACGGAGUGGACGCACCGGGCGAUCGCGCCCAUCGAAGGCACGUUCGGGUGCCUGGCGCCGGAGUACUACACGCACGGGAUCGUGGACGAGAAGACGGACGUGUUCGCGUUCGGCGUGUUCCUGCUGGAGGUCAUGGCCGGGCGGAAGCCGGUGGACGGCACCCACCGGAGCCUCCUCAGCUGGGCAAGGCCGCUCCUGAAGGAAGGCAAGACGGAGGCGCUGGUGGAUCCGAGGAUCAUGACCGGCCAAGGCGGCGGCGGCGGCUACGAAGCCGAGCAGGCACGGCGGCUCGCGUUCGUGGCUUCGCUGUGCAUCAGGGCGUCGGCGACGUGGAGACCGUCAAUGAGCGAGGUGGUGGAGCUGCUGGAAGGCGCCGAGAUCCGGCGAGACCGGUGGGCUAUGCCACCGGAGGCGGAGGAGGGCGACGACGCGGAGGAGCCAUGGAGCUUCGACGACCUCGACGAAGGCACGGACGACGAACUUGACACGCCAUCCUCCUCUUCAGCCUCUUCAACAUCGACCACUUAGCAUCUAAGGAAGGAACGACAUCGGAUGCUUUGCUUGUGUUAGCUUCAGUGGAAUUUUUGCUAGCUGCUCCACCGGGCCUACUUGUUAAUAGUACAACUACAAUGUUUCCUUGUUUUUUUGCGAGUCUGUAAAUACAAUGUUAUCCAAAAUUGUACUGUAUCUAAAUAUGAAAAGCAAGCACAACUGCCUCGAUGCGUGCGGAA